UUUGAUUUGACAGCCACACGCUGAGCGAAGGUGAUGUUUUGGUUUUGUUUCAUUAAAAAAAAAAUCGAAAAUAAACAUUUAAUUCAAAAUUAAUCUUUUCGGAAUGUUUUAAGUAAAAAGUUGAUAAAAAAAAUUAAAAUUAGUUUCCUUUUUCCUUAAGAGAAUAAUGCUGCGUCUUUUAGUAUCACAAUGCAGUGGGAAAUCCGAUAUUUUAAGUCGAGGCAUUUAUAACCUUCCUAAGUUCCGGUUUAAUGCUAACACUGCCAAAGACUGUGGCAAGAUUAAUCGGAGUUAUCAUCAUCAAAAUAAAAAUGCUUUUGAACCAUCCAAGGCCCCACCGACAAAGACAACAAAGUCAUCUAGCUUAGGAGGUCUAGUAAGAGCCAAAACACUCCUCCUUGCUGCUGGAGGAGUCUCACUUGGCCUCGCGGGCAAAUGCACAAGCAGUUGGUUUGUUCAGUGCGAGAGCAACCGAUUGGCGGGAGUCCUUCAGAAAACCUUGCAACAGGAUGACACCAAAUUCGAUUGGAAGAAAUUCUGGGAAUACCUUAAACCCUACCUCUGGGAACUGCUUGGAGCUGUUUUCGCCGCCCUAGCUGUCGCCUUUAUAAAUAUUAAGAUUCCCAAUCUCCUUGGAGAUCUAGUCAAUACCUUGGCAAAGUAUGCCAACACCUUUGUAAAAGAUCCCUUAUCCAAUACAUUCCUUCGUGAUGUCAAGACUCCAGCUGCUAAUCUUUUGGGUCUAUACAUUCUGCAAUCUGGUUUCACUUUUCUGUACAUAUUCUUACUAAGUCGCAUUGGCGAACAAAUGGCCACAAAAAUUCGUCAGGAUUUAUUCAGACAGAUUCUCAUUCAGGAUAUUGCAUUUUUCGAUGAGAAUAGAACUGGAGAGCUUGUCAAUCGACUUACAGCCGAUGUACAAGACUUUAAAUCUUCAUUUAAGCAAUUCGUAGCUCAGGGAUUGCGAAGUGCUGCCCAAUUAGUGGGUGGUAGCAUAUCGCUAUUUCUCAUAUCACCGCACAUGGCUGCAAUUGCUUUGGCAGCUGUUCCAGCUGUUGUUAUGUUUAUGAGUUUUCUAGGGAAAACUUUAAGAGGAUUGAGUAAAAAGUCGCAAGCUCAGUCUGAACGAGCAACAUCAGUGUGUGAAGAGGCUUUGUCGAACGUAAGAACAGUUCGGUCUAGUGCAGGAGAAUAUCGUGAAAUUGAUUUGUUUGAAAAGGAAACAGAUAAAGCAGCUGUGAUGGCCCAGCAACUGGGAUAUGGAAUUGCUAUAUUCCAGGGAUUAACCAACUUUUUCCUAAAUGGCUUAGUUUUAACCACCUUAUUCCUGGGUGGUCAUCUUAUGUCAACCGAAAGUCUUUCUCCUGGUCAGCUAAUGGCAUUUCUAGUUGCCUCUCAAGGUGUCCAAAGAUCUUUGGCUCAAGGCUCUGUCCUCUUGGGAACAAUGAUUCGUGGUCUCACAGCUGGUUCCCGAGUUUUUGAGUAUUUACAACUCCAACCAAAAGUGGAUCUACUAAGAGGCUAUGAAAUUCCAACUGAACGGCUAAGUGGUGAAAUUCGUUUCGAUAAUGUUUCAUUUGCAUAUCCAACAAGACCCGAUCAUAUAGUUCUUAAAGACUUUAGUUUAACUCUAAGGCCGGGUGAAACGGUAGCUCUGGUCGGUGCAAGUGGUUCAGGUAAAUCAACGAUAGCCUCACUUAUUGAGAGAUUUUAUGAGCCAACAUCGGGUUCAAUCAAAAUCGAUGGAUACAAAUUGUCUGAUAUUUCUCCAUAUUGGCUGCGCUCUGAAGUUCUUGGAUUUAUAGAACAACAACCAAUUCUUUUUGCUACAACAAUAUUUGAAAAUAUUCUAUAUGGACGACCAGAUGCUGCAGAAGACGAAGUCUAUGAAGUAGCAAAAAUGUCCCAAUCCCAUGACUUUGUUAGUGCUCUUCCAGAAGGUUAUGAAACAAAUGUUGGUGAACGUGGUGCUCAACUAAGUGGAGGUCAGCGUCAGCGAAUCGCCAUCGCCAGAGCAUUGCUCAAAAAUCCAAAAGUACUAAUCUUAGAUGAAGCGACUAGUGCCUUAGAUGCUACUAGUGAAGCAAUUGUCCAAAAAGCACUUGACACUGCCGUUCUCAAUAGAACUACAUUAGUUAUUGCUCAUCGAUUAUCUACAAUACGAAAUGCUGAUCUAAUUGUUGUCCUUGAUCAUGGACGAGUAGUAGAAAGCGGGAAACAUGAUGAAUUAAUGCAAAAAGAAGGACUUUACUACGAAUUAGUUCGACAACAAGAAAGACGUGGAAAUAAACCUCAGCCAAUACAAGCAAUUACAAGUACACCUCAGGUCCAUGUCCCUAUUUCCGUCCAAUGGGAUGAGACAGGCACAGGCAGCAAAACAAAUUUGCCCCAGGGAUAGAGAUGAACAUUCUUUGAAGAUACAUGCUUUUUUGUUUCAUUUUUUUGAAAGGACAGUGUUAAGUUUAAAUUUGAUGGUUUUAUUUGAAGAUAAUAACGCAACUCAAUAAUAUAUAUUGAGUCGAUAAGUUUUAAUUUUAUUUAAAAAAGAAAUAUUAUAAUUUAUAAAGAUGCAAUAGUAUUAUG